AUGGACGAAACAGAUAAUGGAACGGUAUUAGCGCACGGUCAAGUGAACAAUGGGGAGGCCACCAGUGAGGUGGAGAGACCCGAUGGUACGCCUGUGUGGUAUCGCGUGGACUCGGCGAGCACAACAACGAAUCGUAUGGAGAAGUUGCCAGUCUGGAAGGAUCGAUGGUACAUCGAUGGCGUGACAACGGGCGUCGAUGACAAACAGCUGCUCAAGUGA